GAUAAUUGAAAAGCGGAAUUCUGCGCAAUCACAACAGUCGUUUUGAUGAAUGUUCGAGGACGCGGUUAGAAGAUGCACGUAAGGAACGGCGAACGUUUUGACACAAAAAAGGAAUUCAUGUUGGAAUGUAUCUGCUCUUAAUUCUUGCUGCCGUCACUACUGCUUUUUGCCACGAUCCAGCAUUCCUCCGAGAAAUGCCCAAAAAAGCUCGAAUAGAAUACAGUCGCAUGCAGAAAAAAUGGGAUUUAAGUUACACACAACUGUCUCAGAUGGUCAAGAAGUGGGCGGAAAGGCACGGAGUUCAGGCUGAGAUGCGCGAAUAUCUACUAGAAAGGGAAAGACGAGAUAAGCAAGCCUGGAAGAAGUUCCUUAAACUGAUCAACGAUUUGCCUGCAUUAGGCGAUGAGCUCCUAAGCAUUCUUGAAGAUAUUGACACACCGCUCAUGAACAUGAAGGCUGAGAAGGAUAACUUUAAAACCAAGUAUAAAUCCGGGUACAAAGUGCUAAGAUACAUUUGGAAACAAUUCUCAGAUUUGGAAGAAGAUAAGAAAAUUAUUUCUUAGGUAUUGACGACUACGAGUUUGUGGGCGACAGCGAGUGAAUGGAGGUGUUGGUUAUUUAAAAAUUUGAUCCCCAAGCAAAAGUCCUAAAUGCUCCAUGUACAUAGAUAUAAGUUGAAAGGACAUUGUAGCUUUCAGUUGCUGCACUGACAUUUGAGCAUUGGAAAAGAGGUAACAAGAUUUUGGUGAAGAAUGUUUAUUUUUAUCCAAACUACUUUCUUGAGC